AAUCUGCAUAUCAGAAUAAAUUAAAGGGAAAAUAAAAGGGGGCUUUUGAUUUAGGUUAAAAAAAAAAAAAAAGCAGUAGUUUUAGCAGAGAGAGAGAGAGAUGGAAGAAGAAGAAGGGUUAAAUUUAGGAAAAACAUACUGCGUAACUGGUGGCACUGGCUUCAUUGGCUCUUCGUUGGUUAACCUUCUUCUUCAAAAUGGCUACAAAGUUCAUGCCACUUUUCGAGAUCCUGCAAAGUCUAUAAAGUUAUUAUCUUCGUGGAGGGGCACUGACCGUUUACGAUGGUUCAAAGCCGAUCUGCGAGAAGAAGGAAGCUUUGAUGAAGCUGUAAAGGGGUGUGAUGGUGUAUUUCAUGUUGCUGCUUCAAUGACUUUCGAUGUUGAUCAACAAGACAACACUGAGGAAUAUGUUCAAAAAAAUGUGAUCGACCCAGAAAUUAAGGGGAUCAUUAGCCUUCUAAAAUCUUGCUUGAAAUCUGGAUCUGUAAAGCGAGUUGUGCUCACGUCGACGAUUAGUACUCUCACUGGUAAAGACGCGGAUGGAGAACGAAGGGGUUUUGUUGAUGAAUCAUGUCAAACUUUUGUAGAUCAAAUAUGGAAGAACAAACCAAGUGGUUGGAUUUAUUCACUUUUAAAGCGUCUAAGUGAGGAUGCAGCAUUUAAAUUUGCAUCUGAAAAUGGCAUUGACAUUGUCUCAAUAAUUACAAGCACUGUUUCUGGUCCAUUCCUCACCUCUUAUAUCCCAUCGAGCAUUCAAGUUUUCACUGCGCCGAUAACAGGCGAUCCCCGCCUCCUUAUGAUACUAUCAAAUGUGCACGAAAGAAUAGGAUCGGUUGCUGUUGUACACACCAACGAUAUAUGCAGAGCUCACAUCUUCCUAAUGGAGCAUGAGAACGCCAAAGGUCGAUACCUAUGCUGUGUUGGAAGCUGUGCAUUGUCGGAGUUGGUUGAACGACUAUUGCUACACUAUAGUGUGAACUUGCAAGGAUGUGUUCAUUACAAGAAAAAUUGGAUGCCUUCUGAGGUUUCUAACAAGAAGUUGAAAGAUUUGGGGUUUAGGUUUGAGCAUGGAAUAGAUGAUAUAAUAAAGGAUACAGUUGCUGCUUGUGUUGAAUGUGGCUUUAUAUCUCCUACUUAGAAGGAAGUUGCCAUUUUUCUACAGCUUGGACAGAAUGGGGUUGUAGAUGUGACUAUCACAUUUAUAUCAGCCAAUAUAUUAAAUAACAACUCUCUAAUGUCCCAACAAGGAAUAUCGUAUAUGUUGUCGUAGAGGUUUAAUAGUAUUUUCGAAAUGCUGAUUAUAUUAUUGCAAGUUUUGGACUU